GGCUCCCUCCCUCGCGCGUCCGCUUUGUUCUCGCUGUCUGCGGAUGGCCCUUCCAGGGAGAGCCAUGGCCUCAUCUCUGCAGAGUGGGUGAUUUGCAGAAUGACCCCAAGUUCCGUGCCUGGACAGGAUGAGGGGAAGUCAUCAACAUAGCCAUGCUUUCCGCUUGGCCCUCAUCCAGCUUCAAGUUUCUUCCAUCAAAUCAGAUAAUGUCACUCGAGCUUGUAACCUCAUUCGGGAGGCAGCAAAGCAAGGAGCUCAAAUAGUUUCUCUGCCUGAAUGCUUUAAUUCUCCAUAUGGCACAAAUUACUUUCCUGAAUAUGCAGAGAAAAUUCCUGGUGAAUCCACGCAGAAGCUUUCUGAAGUAGCAAAAGAGUGCAGCAUAUAUCUCAUUGGAGGCUCCAUCCCUGAGGAGGAUGCUGGGAAAUUAUAUAACACCUGUGCUGUUUUUGGGCCUGAUGGAACUUUACUAGUAAAACACAGAAAAAUCCAUCUGUUUGACAUUGAUGUUCCUGGGAAAAUUACAUUUCAAGAAUCUAAAACAUUGAGUCCUGGUGAUAGUUUCUCCACAUUUGAUACCCCUUACUGCAGAGUGGGCCUAGGCAUCUGCUACGACAUGCGCUUUGCAGAGCUUGCACAAAUCUAUGCACAGAGAGGAUGCCAGCUCUUGGUGUAUCCUGGGGCUUUCAAUUUGACCACUGGACCAGCUCACUGGGAGUUGCUUCAGCGAGGCCGGGCUGUUGAUAAUCAGGUGUAUGUGGCCACGGCCUCUCCUGCCCGGGAUGACAAAGCCUCAUAUAUUGCUUGGGGACACAGCACCAUUGUGAAUCCUUGGGGUGAAGUCCUAGCCAAAGCUGGCACUGAAGAAAUGAUCCUGUAUUCAGAUAUAGACCUGAAGAAGUUGGCUGAAAUACGUCAGCAGAUCCCAAUUUUAAGACAAAAGCGAUUAGACCUCUAUGCAGUGGAGCCAAAAAAGCCCUAAGGAUUAUGUUUCCAACAUGUCACGAAACAAGAAGAUAUGAUUUUGCAGCAUAAUAAAUUCCCUUUUGAGUCCUUUUUAUGGGGAGGGGCAUUGGGGAAUGAAACCAAGCCUCAUACUUGCUGAACACAUGGCUCAGAGUUAUACCCCUAUUGCCUAUUAAAUAUAUCCUUUUUCCUUUUUUUACA